GUGAAGUUGACCGACAAGUUGAGUUUUUUCUGGAACAUAUGGUUUUUCCUAGGAUUUUCUUAGCCCUGCUCAGUCUCCUGUUCCUGUCUGUCCGGAGUUAUCCCUCAGGAGCUCCUCCAGAUGUUUGUGAGACUCUGGAUCCCUCGGCCGGACACGGAGGUAAGCCUAUGAAAACUGCGUUGCCUUACCACUUGAUGACGGAUGUCAGGAAGGUAGACAGCAACGGCCACGUGUUCUUCAGGAUCAGGGCAAAGCCCCCAGCCACCUUCCAGGGCUUCAUGGUUCAGGUGAUUGGAGAAAGAGAGGGAAAACCUGUCGGAACUUUCACAGACAUGGACGACGUUAAGACUAUGGAGUGCUUCGGCAAACCCGACAAUACAGCAACUCACAUAGACAACAGCGCUAAAGAAGAAGUGGUUUUGCGAUGGGUACCAGACAAUGAUUAUUCUGGAAGAGUCUUCUUUACGGCAUCAGUCGUCAAAAACAUCAGGGAAUUCUGGGUUCGAAAAACUGCCAAGCCAGUAGACGUACAAAGGGCAAAACAAUAAAAUUAUAACUCCAACAGCACCAUAUUGUAUUAUAUUUCAUUUCUUACAUUGUGUGCAUUUUCAUGUUAUUAAUU